AUGGAGCGCCUGGACAAAGCGGCGCUGAACGCCCUGCAGCCGCCCGAAUUCAGGACUGAAAGUUCAUUAGCCUCUACCCUGAAGACGCUGCUGUUCUUCACGGCCUUGAUGAUCACGGUUCCAAUCGGGUUAUAUUUCACGACUAAAUCAUACAUAUUUGAAGGCGCCUUGGGCAUGUCCAAUCGGGACAGCUAUUUUUAUGCUGCCAUUGUGGCAGUGGUUGCCGUCCAUGUGGUGCUGGCCCUCUUUGUGUACGUGGCGUGGAACGAAGGCUCACGCCAGUGGCGUGAAGGCAAGCAGGAUUAA